CUCCAUUUUCCGUUCCCGUGCUUGAAUCCUUCGGCACCCCACGGAAAACCCCUGAUCUAUCUCAUUCUUUAGGCUAGUGAGCCGUAGAUCCGGCUUUAGUAUAAUCAGCACGGCAAAUACUGGUAUGCACCGUCGGCCGCCGUAUCAAAGAACGAUACGGGCCGUUCCGCGCACUACAGCCACUAGUUCUGGUGCUUUACAGAUAAGGAGCGAGGAGUUAAAAGAAGGUGGUAAUUGAUGCAGUUGAGAGUUGCAAUAUUGGCAAUUGAACUCCACAAACAAAACAACUCGUUGAUAUUUGCACAAAUCAAGAAUGGCUACUGAAGCAGUGAAUCAACCUCCCCAGACGGGUCCUGAUUCCAGCGUUGCUAAUGGCACUGGAAUGGAUGCUCUCAUGGAGGAUGCGAAGAAGCGUGGCUUGCAGGAAGAGAUUUCUCGUCUGACUGAUAACCAUUUGGUUUACACUGAUGCUGCUGGUGGCAAGUUGUCCUAUGCGCCAGUUGAUUGGAAGAAGCCAGGUCUGAGAAUCCUUGAUUCUGCGACUGCAGACGGCAUCUGGCUGCAGGACCUUCGCAAGCAAGCUGGGCCUGUUGCUGAUGAGCAGACCUACAUUGGCACUGAUCUGGUCGAAGACUUGUUCCCCAAACCUCGACCUCACGGCAUUGAGUUCAAGAAGCAAUCUAUCACGGAGCCAUGGCCCACUGAGUGGAAAGAAUCCUUCGAUCUCGUCCACCAGCGCCAAGUCCUCGGCUUCUGCGGCAACUUCUCCCUUGAACAAGCCGUCGCCAACCUCUGCGCCCUCGCAAAACCCGGCGGCUGGGUCGAGCUCGUAGAGCUCGACUGCGACCAGAGUCUUCUCGAGGAAGGAACCGCUGCUCACGAGUUCUUCCGCCUUCUAGAGCAGAUCUGGAAGAUCAAGAAGAUGGGCGGUAACUUUGGCCCUAAUCUCAAAGAGUGGAUGGAGAAUGCGGGGCUGGAGGAUGUUCAGGUUGAUGUUUUGCAGUGCAAGGUUGGCGCGAAGGCUAAGCCUGAGCUGAAGCAGGCUAGUAUUAACGGUGCAGCUGGUGCGGGGCCUAUGAUUGUGGCUAUGGCGCGCACUCUCCCUGAGCUUGAAGGUUUUACAAGUGAGCAGCUUGAUACUCUUGAUACUCGAGUUCGUAAGGAGCUUGCUGAGAAGGGGGCUGAGUUUCAGAGCUUCGCUGUCAGGGGUCGUGUUCCUGCUGGAGGAUUGAAGCCCAAGAAGUAGAUUAAAACUUCAUGUGAUUCGAUGGUUGAACCUGGUCUGUAUGGUUCAGGACAGUUACCAAUAGGAUCUAGCCAAGGCAAUAUCUGAAAUUACAAUCCAAUCGUUUUCUG